AUGUUCUGUGCAUUGCGGCAGCCUGUCAUGAGGCCUGCGCAGACCACCUUGCGCGUUGCUGCUGCACGCCUGGCCACGUCGCGACUGCGAGCUGCCCCAUGCAGCUUCCGCCAUGGAAGCAGCAUGGCGCAGGAGCAGGCUUCAAGCCCAUCAUUUUCAAUGCCUGCGGCCGCAUCUGCUGAACCCACUAGCCAGGUACCGGCCCCCGUUGAGGAUCCCGGGACGAUCUUCAGCCCAUCAGAAGAACAUCAGGCUCUGCGGGAGAUGGUCAGGUCCUUUGCAGAGGCGGAAGUGGAACCGCAGGCCAUAGAUUUCAAUCGCGAAGAGAAGAUGAACCUGCCACUCUUCCGAAAGUUGGGUGAGCUUGGCCUUCUUGGCGUCACGGUUCCCGAGGAAUACGGCGGAAGUGGUAUGGAUGCCACGGCGGCUGUCAUUGUCCAUGAGGAACUGGCUGCAGUGGAUCCCGCCUUCUGCCUGGCAUACCUGGCGCACAGCAUGCUGUUCGUGAACAACCUUGCGCAGAACGGCAACGAGGCUCAGAAGCAGAAGUGGCUGCCCUCUGCUGUCGACGGCUCCAAGGUGUGCGGCAUGUGCAUGUCCGAGCCAGCUGUUGGAACUGAUGUGCUGGGCAUGAAGACAACCGCAACACGUGAGGGCGACGAGUAUGUCAUUAACGGAGCCAAGAUGUGGAUCACAAAUGGCACCGUUGAUGGGAAAGAGACUGGCGACGCCUACCUUGUCUAUGCACGCACAGGCAGCACCAGCAGGGACAUCUCCCUCUUCCUCGUCGAGAAGGGCACGAAGGGCUUCUCUCUGGGACAAAAGAUCCAGGACAAGUGCGGGAUGCGGGCGUCCAUGACGGCCGAGUUGGUCUUCCAGGACUGCCGCAUCCCGGCCUCCAACUUGGUUGGCCAGGAAGGCAAAGCUGCGCUUUGCAUGAUGCGGAAUCUGGAAAUUGAGAGAGUCGCACUUGCGUCGAUGAGCCUCGGCAUCGCUCGAAGAUGUGUUGAAGAGAUGAACAGGUAUGCCAAGGACCGCAAGGCCUUCGGUUCGCAGCUGAACAGCUUCGGCCAGAUCCAGCGCUUUAUCGCUGAGUCCUACGCGGAGUACCAGGCAGGCCGCAGCUAUGUGUACCAGACGGCCAAGCACCUGAACCUGGAGUCUGUAGGAAACGGCUUGGAUGCCGAUGGGGUGAAGUUGUACUGUGGCCACAUGGGCAAAAUGGUGGCCGACCGUGCGAUUCAGGUCUUGGGCGGAUAUGGUUACGUUGGUGAGUACAACGUGGAGCGGCUUUGGCGCGAUGCCAAGCUCCUCGAGAUCGGAGGCGGCACGAAUGAGGCGCACCACAAGAACAUCGUGCGAGAUCUCUCGCGACAGGUGGUAGCACAUGGGAGCAUCUUAUCUACCGUCUGUGCACUUCUUCCCGGGCCCCAUGACCAGCCAGAGGCAAGCGUUUUCACUCGAUCAUGCAUGUGGCGCUGGCGAUCCCUUAGACGAGAUUCCGGCAUGAAGGAGGGGUCUGCCGCCAACAACUUCGGCUAUACGCUUACAGCAUGGGCUACACUGGGCUUCCUGCAUGGCGGCCACUGGUGGGUGUUCCCCUGCCUUGCGGUUGAUCAGGACGCGGGCCAGGACUGCAAGCGGGAAUGGCUUUGUCGAUGGCAUGCUGUUUCCUACAUCAUUGGCAUCUUUGUGACGGCCGCAGGCGGUGGCUACUGCCAAUCGGGAACAGCCCGACCAUGCCCGGGCGGCGAGGACAUGAGUCCCAACUGUCUGUUCACGGAGCAGACACUUGCGUACCAGAUCAUCUACAUCCUUCACUACAUCGGGCUCGCCUGGAAUUUUGCCCACUGGAUCAUGGAUGGCUUCCACCUCUGGUCCUGGUCGAAGCAGCUCGCGCGUGCAGAGCAAAUGAGGCUCCUUGCGACGGAUGCCUCUUUGAGACGCUGGGCCUUCCUGGCAUCCGCACGGGCAUGGU